AUGUUUGGCGACGGCCUCGCUUAAAAUUUCUUUGUGUUAUCGCUAAGUACCCUGGGAAAGAUUGGCAUUGUUGACAGAUCUGUGUUGUAAGGGCACAAAGCACAAGAUUACGUAAGCAACGACACGAUCAUAUAUAUACCUAUACAUGGAUUAUGGACUUAAAUGGACGAAAACCAUUAUUUUGUAUAGAAAACAGCACAAUAAGAUUGGUGAUCUUUCCUGAAGGUAUAAAUUGGAUAUUUGUCAAAUACAUAUUCUCGUCGGCUACGAGAACACACGUGUAGUUAAAACCGAAACUAAACGCCAGGGUGGUAAUUCCGAGAAGUGAUGAGCCUCAUUGGUCGACAAAGAAUGUAGUCGGUACCGAAGUACGUAGCUGUACGCUAGAAACUGAAAAAAGCAUGGAGACAAGGGAGCGACUUGUUCUCCGGAAGAAUCGUCGCUUCUUGAUCGACAACAUUGAUAUCAAGGCCGUUGUGGAUGGUUUGUAUGAAUCAAAUGUUCUAAAUACAGACGACCAGGAGAGGAUACAGGCAGAAGUUGUCACGGGCGAUCGAGUGGAAAAGCUUCUCAAAAUACUCCCAAGGAAAUGUAAAUCAUACCAGCCACUCUUAGCUAGCGUAGAUGAACAUAUUAGAAAACAUCUUCAAAGUUGCGAAAUUUCGCCGGAAGAAAUCAGCAAAGAGGAUCAGCAUCUGGAUGAUUUCGUUCGUGAUAUUUUGAAAGAAAUUUGCUGCGUAGAAGAAAAGUCAAAGGUGACAGUUUCUGCGUUGGAAGAUGAGGUUCGACAACAGAUCAUUGCGUCUGGAAUAGAAUACCGAUUGACGCAAGGUCAUCUACAAGCGUUGGUCUUGUCUACCUUCUGUGAUGUUGCCCUCGGAAAAAGAGGAGGGAGACGAGAGAGAACUGCUGUGUAUAAAAAUCUUUCGUGGCGACAAAAGGACUUGGUAUCAGAUGGAAAUGAUUCUGGUGAUGAAGAAGCACAUGAAAGCCAAACGCACAGCCGUCUGCGUAUUGAAGAAAUGAAUGCGGAGGAACUUUGUCACGUUCUCGAGGAAUUCAAUCCAGACGCUAACAGAUUAGAUCCCAAGAUACUUACCAUAUUCAAAAACGAAAAUGUCGAUGGAAAGAUAUUUAAAUUUUUGAUUUACGAAGAAACAAAGGAAAUUUUGCCUGGAUUUUCCUUUCGAGAUAGGAAAAAUCUCCUGAUAACUCGAGAUGAACUGAUAAGAUGUGAAAGAGCUGGAGAACUAGACGCAUCGAUUGAUAGACCAGGGAAAGAGAAACUUAAAGUAAAAAAUACCGAACGGAAAGCAUACUUUCGAGAAUCAUUUCGGAAAUUUGAAACGCCCGUGGGUAAUCUUGACAAUUACCGAAAAUCUGCAGUAAUAAGAACCAGUAUAACGAGACCACACAACUUGAUAGAACCUGUUCAUCUUUUUCUCAGCAAAGACGAAGGAGAAAAGAUAAGAUGGAUCGCUGAAGAGACUGUCCGUUUUGCUUCGGCGUGCAUGAAUGAAAGGACGAACGGAACCAUUCAUUUUGGUGUUGAACGAAAAGCCAACAGUGAUUGCUUGGAAGGGGAAAUUGUCGGUAUAGAAGUGGAGAAGGACAGCUGUAAGGAAGCACUCUAUCAAGCCAUUACUUCUCAUUUCUAUGAGGACCAAAUAGAGUUGGCUCUGAAGUGCAUCAGACCAGUUGAAUUUAUUGAGGUGAGCAGCGUCAAUCAACAUGAACAAAACCUUGUUGUUGUUGAAGUCGACAUCAUUCCCAACUCCACUUUAGUUCAAGAUGAGGCGGUAUACGUAACGUUUGAAGAGGGAAUGGUUUUAUAUCGCUUCAUGAAUGACGACCCACAUCCAUCAUCACUGACAGAGGAACAGACACGCCAGUAUAUGAAAUCCAAAAAAGAACUUGCGCAGUACAGAAAACAACAGGAACAGAUUCCUAAGACAGUACCCAUACAAGAAGAUCUCAGACAGAACUUCUUAAACUUAUUUUCCGGUGGUUGCGAAACUCUAGCUGAAGAAAUUUAUCCUAUUAUAUUCCUCAGUCCAUUGGAAUGCAGCACUGAUCUUAACUUUACAGAAAACUUCCAAUUCGUCAAUGACAUUGAGCCAUGUAUAAUCUUUGAUUUUGAUUCUUCCAGCGGUGCCAACGGAAUGUACAAUUUCAUAGAGGUUGAAAAGGAACAAGUCGUGAAAGUGUUGACUACAGAAAAUUUCGACAGAAAUUCUGAAGAAAAUAAAACAGACCACGAUCGAAGAAAUCAUUUGUUUGAUGAUCUUAAAACCUCGGCCUUAAGACCUUGGGUUUUUUGCAAUGGGUAUGACGUCAUGGAAAAAGAACCCAUGAUCGUGUUAGACUGGAAAAGAAAAAGAAGUGAAGGAUUCAAAGAGGCUUUGAGAUUUUAUGGAGAAGAAAUUCCCAAUGGGAGAGCGAUGGUCAUUUUUCUUCUGUUAUCGAAGAACUAUGAUGUACUUCUUGAAGCUGCAGAAGAGGUUAUACUGAAGUUCCAGGACCAAUGGAUGCUACUUGCACCGACGGAGGACAUCGCCAAUAGUUGGAUUAGCGAAUUGCUGAGACGACAGAGUAUUGACAGGAAGACAAUGUCAGAAAGAUGCAUUGUAGGACUACCAUGGAACCAUGUUAAUAUAAUGCUGCAACAAUUAGUUUCUACAGACAAAAGGGGAUCGUGUGAAAUUGCAACGUCAAAAGGAGCAUUUUGUUGUUUGCGUGAUAAAGUAAGAAACGAAAUGUACGACCUUGAGAUACUCAGCAGAAAGGAAUGCGAUGACACAGAGAUAGCCAAUGAUCCAGAGAAAGUUGAAAAGCACAGUAUGGAAACUCAGGAGUCUUUUUUUCGGGGCGUCCAGGUUACAUGGUGGAACUAUUGGUUUGGCUCUGAUCAUGUAUUACUGAGAUCACAGCAUCCCAGGCUGAUGGACAUCCUUACAAAUGCGCUGAACGGAAAACAAAAUGACGACGAUUGCAGAGUUGCUAUCGUCAACCUGAUUCACCAACCGGGAGCAGGUGGAACUACCUCAGCAAGACAAUUACUAUGGGAUUUACGAGAGAAGUAUAGGUGUUGUAUUGUGAAGCAAAUCACUGAUCAAACGUGUGACCAAAUUGCUCUGCUAAGAAAUUAUGAAGACCCAUCCACCCCCAAACCGCCGAUCAUAUUGCUGGACAAUUGUGAUGAAGAGAAUGUUCAAAACCUUUACGCAUCAUUGGAGAAUCGAGCCAGACUUGCUGCAAAACGAAGCGAAACAACACCCUUUCCCUGUUUCUGUGUUCUUCUUCUUUGCACUCGGAGAACAAACCUGCCAACGAAAACUGACAAAUCAGUUGUUCUUCUGAAACAUGAGUUGGAACCCCGUGAACUAGAAUGGUUCAACAAAAAGUAUGAAUCUCUUGAACAAAAGUAUCAAAACGAGAAUGGCGUAAAUCCUCGUUUACUGAUAUCUUUCAACAUUCUGAAAGAAAACUUCAAUCAGGAAUAUAUUACUCGUACUGUUCAACAGUAUGUUGAUAGUAUUGAAUCUGAACUGGAGAAAUACCUGUUAUUGUACCUGGCCAUGAUGAACAGCUAUGACAUUGACUUCAAGUCCAUACCUAUCAGCGCCUUUGACACGAUGAUGAGUACUGGAUCAAAUGUUAUUUCAUUUGGCUUAGUAUCACCUCAACGUCAGAGGUUGAAAAGACGUUGGGAGAGCCAUAUGAGUUCUUCUUUGCAAGUUCUGUUGAACCGAUCAUCUCGAGGGGGUUUAGGUACAAACCUUCGGGCUCUUUCCAUCAUCAACAAAUUGUUUGCACGAGAAAUAUUUAAAUUCUUACAGGCAAAGCUAGCGAUGGAAACGAGCGGCGCUAUGCUAAGUUUUCUGCAUUCACCGGUUUUUGACAACCAGAACAGGUCAGUUGAACAGGUUAAGAAAAUCGUCAAAGAUAUUCUGAAAAAGAGGGAACAGCUUGAAAAUGGAACGAGAGCAAAAUUUUCACCUAUGCUUGUUGAAAUCUGCUUGAAAGAAGACCCUGACAAAGCAGCGGCAGUUCUUUUGAAGGGAUUUCGCAUGACGCUGGACCCAAUGAUUGCGCAACAAAUAGCAAGGUUUUACAUCAGUUGCAAAAAUUGGGAAGAGGCAAUCAAAUAUUCCAAGAUAGCUACGCAAAUGAAGCCCAACAGUUCAUACUUAUGGGAUACUUUUGGUUUGGUGUACAAAAACCAAUUGCAACAGAAGUAUGAGUGCUGUCUCCAACAAGGAACCAAACUAUCCAUGAAUGAGACGAGGGACGUUAUUCAGUUAGCAAGUACAGGCAUAGACAUAUUUCACAAAGAACAAUCAGUCAGCGAACAAGAAAAAAAUGCUUCUACAAAUGACGCAGGAUACUACAACGAAGUAUAUCUAGUGAUACUUCUGUUGGAUUUGCUGAAGGUAUCGUCACCAAUCGACAGACGGACAUUGCAUACCAUUUUGGUUGAUCGAGAUAUUGGGUAUGAAAAGAUCAGCUGCUCCGACCUCGACAAGGAGACUUUUGAAUAUUUGCGGACUCUUCGGCUUCAUACUGAUGCAGCUAUGAGAAAGUUGGAAGACAAAAUUACCCAACUAAAGGACAGUGCAAUGAAAAACGCACAUCUGGGUAAAUCUGGAUUUGCAUAUCGCUCAAUAUCUCAUCUCAGGGAAAACGUAGAUAGCUACUUUGGUGAGGAUACAGAUGAAGUGCCUGAAUACUUGAGCCAGAAAGAUAAGACAGAUUUUAGAAGACGGCGAAUCCGUAAACUUGGCGGGAGAUCCCUAGCCAACAUCCUUGCACUGCGACGUGACCAGGACGGUGAAAGAAAAUUGAGGACAAUAUUCAGCCAUCUUCAAGCAAAUUUGGGCUCGGAAAAUGUCGAAGCAUUCGACAUCAAAAGUUUCAUAAGUGUGGCACUUGUGAUGCAUAUAACGAAUGUUGAACGUUGUCCAUAUCCCUUUGAGAAGUUGGUUGAAUUGAGCAAACGACUGUACACUAUGCAGAAUGAGAGUCAAGAAGAGCUACCUUACUUGGAGGUAUUCUUAUACUUGAUGAUGCUUCACUGGCCAACAGAAUGCAGAAAACACCUGCCACUAUACCCUAUCGGGAAACUUCCAGAUGCUAUGAAGAAUUGGAAAAUAGCCUUUCAAAGGAACCAUCCACGUCAGAUGAGCGGCAACCCAUAUCGUAUGAAGAGGGAAACAACAUAUUUCUUUCUUGGGAAAGGUGAGGGAUACGACGAAAUUGUUUAUUAUGAAGAGUUACACGGCAGUCAUAUGGGUAGAUAUUUCAAAGGAGACACCGUAUGGUCGCAGCAGCAGACCAUAGACAGAUUGAAGCGUCUUGAAGGGAUACUGAUUAACGAUGGAACAGAUGUGUCCGUUCAGAUAGAGACCGCCGGGGGCAACAAAACACAUAUAGUUAUCCCCACUGGGACGCACAUUGGGCAACGGACCCUUUGGCAAAAGAGAGUCUACUUUUACCUAGGAUUUACUUGGUCAGGACCCAAAGCCUUUGAUGUUACACGGGAUGACAGAAAAUCCACCGACCAGGUUGCUCGGUGUUCUAGCCAUUUCAUAAAACCCAAAGGUAGAAACAUUCCAUUGAUACAAGAACCUGACGUUGCGCAGCAGAUUGUUACUAUCCACGAUUCACUAAGGAAGAUCGACCAGCUGAAAAUAAUGAGAGGAUGGAGCAGUCGAGAGAAAAACCUCAUCAAGCAGGAGCCUGAAUUACGGAGGAACCUCGCAAUCCUUAUCAAACGUCGGCAGGACUUCUUCGAGGCACCAAUUUAGUUUUUGUGUCGCCUACGACAGAUGUCGGAAAGACACAGAGGCGCUGCUUUUCCGACGGCGACGGCGGCGUCAACAAUGUUAAGGUUUUGCGUUUAGCUCUGUUUCUGACAAAGCUACACCAACAAAACCUCGAUCAUAGAUGUA